AUGGACCUACGAAUAGCGGUAGAUAAGACGGAAAUAAUAAUACUAAGGGCACCUAGAGCAACCCGGGAUCAAAUACAUUUUGGUGUCGGAGGCCAAACCAUUAGUCCUAAUAAAACAGUUAGAUAUCUGGGAGUGAACUUGGAUGACAGAAUGACCUUCUCAAAACACGUGGAAGCAGCGGUUGCAAAAGCCGAAGAAAGAACUUCCGCCCUACCGAAAAUUUUGCCAAAUGAGGGUGGCCUCGGCAGCCAGAGGAGAAGAGUAACUCUGGAAGUUAUACACUCAAUUAUCCUCUACGGGGCCCCAGUAUGCAGAGCAUAUAGAACUGUAUCGGCUAUCGCGCUGCACUUAAUAGCUGGAGCUAUUCCAAUACAUGUAAUAGUGGACGGGAGGGUCAAGAUACACAAAAGAGUCCAAACUGACAGAAAAUAA